AUGAAGUUCUUCGUUGCCACCGCUGCCCUCGUCGGCCUUGCUGCCGCUCACAAGAACGCCACCACCACCAUUGGCGGCGAGGUUGUCUGGACCACCGAGGUCGUCACUGCCUACACCACCUACUGCCCGGCUCCCACCACCGUCGUUGUCAACAACAAGACUCACACCGUCACCGAGGCCACCACCCUCACCAUCACCGACUGCCCUUGCACCCUCACCAAGCCUCACACCGGCACCGACGUUCCCACCAACGUCGUCCCUGCUCCCCCUGGCAAGUCCACUGAGGUCCCCGUCAACCCCGGCAACCCCGGCAACCCUGGCAACCCUGGCAAGCCUACUACUGGCGCUCCCGUCAACCCUACCAAGCCUACUGGCACCGGUGCCGUCCCUACCGGCCCCAGCAGCACCGCCACCUCGCCUCCCCAGGUCGGUGGCGCUGCCGCCGUUGCCCCCUUUGGCGCUGCUGCCCUCGCUGCUCUUGCCAUGCUGUAA